GAGGCACGCUGGCGCUCGACGUGGUCGAGCACCGGGGUGCGCGCCUGGAGCGGUCGCUCGGCGGCGCCGUGGGCGUGGCGACGGAGGUGCUGCCCGAGAGGAGGUGGCAGGCCCCAGCCAGCCCCAGCGGCGUGCCGCAGGAGGAGGCCUCGGGCGGCGCCCCCCCGGGCGUGCUGCUCAUCCACGGGCAGGCGGACCAGGCCGUCGGGGUGGACGCUGCGCAGGCAUCGGUGGACUACCUCCGCACGGCGCUGGGGGCGGGCGAGGAGGCCGUGAGGCUGUGCGUCUUCCCCGCGCGCGGUGGAGAGAUGCUGCGCGGGGACCACCCCGAGGAAUGCAGGUGUCUGAUGGAGUUCCUCUCCGACCACCUGCACGGGGUCGGAAGGCGCGGCAGCGCAGAGGCCAUGGCCAGGCUGGGAGCCGAGCCGGUGGAGCGGGCAGAGCUCGUCCCGGCGGCGGUGGCCGAGGCCCCCAGCUGAUCCUGAGAGCGGUAUCGUUGAUCCGAGCCCGUCCCCGUCUCCCUCCUCCUCCUCCUCCUCCUCCUCCUCCUCCUCCUCCUCCUCCUCCUCCUCCUCCUCCUCCUCCUCCUCCUCCUCCCCCUGCUCCUCCCCCUGCUCCUCGUUUUCCUCCGUUCCUCCUCCUGCUGGUAGCGGCCGCGGACACUCCGUCGCCGAUCAACGGGCCGCGGCGGGCCUGAGCGCGAUAUCCAGGGGACACCUUCGAGACCCCCACCAAAUUACCACCCCAGUUGGGGGUACACCCCUCGAAACCCGAAGGGAGCGACCCAUGUCCCCAUCUAGGGGGGUAAGUAGGCCAGUGGGGCCCAGACCACGCCGCUGGGGAUGGGGAUUGGUUCAACGAUGCUCAUAAGAGCGAUCGCAGAGAUACCCCAGGUUGCUGACGACAGCGGAAACCGUGAGAAGCAAUUAUCGACCUCCCAGCGUUACCCGUAGCACUUAGAUUAGUUAAUUCCCGAGGUGGGAGGGAAGGCCGAGGGAAAUCGUUUCGCACCCCGGCAGAGUCAG